AAAACAUUUUCACUAUAAAUACCGAAAAAAGUCCCCUAUUCUUUUUAACCAAUCCUAAAAAUCAAGAACACACAUACAUUUUUGAAACGAAUUUUCUAUUUUUUCUCUGUAAAUCAAACAAUGGGCGAUGAUAAUGUAAAGGAAACCAGUCUUCAUCUUCCUCAAAUCCCGAAACCAAUCUUGCAUUGCCCUUCCCUUGACACUACUACUCCAAUGUCCGAUGGAGAAAAGGUUAUGCAAAUCAAGAAUUCAGUUUGUGGCAUGAGGUUUUGUCCUAAUGAUUACGAGUUAGUUUGUUUCUCUCUUAUUCCAAGAAUCUUUGGCUAUAAACCACCGCUCGAUAUAAUUCAAGAACUCGAUGUUUAUAACACUAGUCCUGACAAUCUUCCAGUCUAUGAGUUCGAGUAUUCAACGCAUGGUCAGGCGUAUUUUUUUACGGAGAAAGUGAUGAAGAAAUCGAAGACUAAACGAACAGCAGGCGAUGGGUAUUGGAAAGUGGCAGGGGGAGAAAAAUGUGUGACUGAUAACAGAAAGAAGCAGUGCGUGGGAUACACGAAAACUAUGGUUUUUCAUCGAGGAAAAGCGCCGAAAGGGGAACAAACCAAGUGGGUUAUGGAUGAAAUUAGAGUGAAUGCGUCGUUGUAUUCUCAUACUGAGCGGAAUGAAGGCCUGGACUUGAAGAUGAAGAAGUAUGUGGUCUGCAGAAUCCGAGAUAGAGAACUGGUGAAGGAUCCUGACCCGUAUUGGGAUUGAAUUCAUUGAAUUUUGGAGCUAUUUGGAUGCAUAACCUUACGAGAAAUCUUCGGCUCAUUCUGUUCGGUUCUCUACGACAAAUCUUGGCGUGAUUCUGCUAUUUUUUUGGUUCUUGUUACCGUUUAUUUGAUUCAAUUUUUCGAAUUUGUGAAAAAACAAACGUUGAUUAGCUUUGUUCUUUGCCUGUCUGCAUCAGAAAAGAACAAAAUAGUAGUGAUACAGAGAUGUAAUUGAUACCUCUAAUAUGAAGAUUAUUGCUACUGCAUCUGAUUCUUACAUGUCAAUGACCAACUAUGCUACUCAAAUCACAAAAUGCUGCAACUUUUCUCUCUAAAACAAGAGAAUACAAGCUCACUAAUCAUUGGAAAAAAUAGAUUAAAAAAAGUUCAGAAUCUUCGAACAUCUGGCUGGCGCGCUCCUUUUGAGUUUCAUCAAAGAUGUCAAUCUUCUUCCAGUCGAAUAGCUCCAUGUCAUAGCACUUGUCAAUUAUAAAUUGAUGAACUUCUUGCCCAUGGAAAAGCCAUAACCCCUUCACCUUGUAAGGAGGAUUUGUGCCGAUCACAAGCAUCAUCCAAAGGCUUACUUGCAAGCCAAAUUCAUCCUUUACAGAAACCCACAGAAUUUAUUUUGAGUGUCAUAUAUAUGACACGGUAUUCUCUUUAUCGUAUUUAUAGUCACAGAACCACAGCGAAUAUCCCUCGCGAUCAUACAUAGAUUUAACAGGAGGAACUGACUAAGUCUGCUCGACUUCCCCGAUAAUGUUUUUGAAGUUUGGUUAUCUCUCAAAAAGAGGGCACUCCGAAGUAAAGCUCUUAGUCAUGAGCCGAUUAAAUUCCAAAUAAAGAUUGCAUGUCAUGAUUAUGUCGGCCAAGUGUUUGAAGCAAGGUACUCCCUCCGUCCC